CAAGCAUCGAACUUUAAGGAGAAAGAGAUACCUUAUUUCAACUUAACAUUAGCUAAUCGGAAAAUAUUUGUCCCCAAAGUAAUUAUUUUGCUUCAAGGUUACUCGUCAAGUUUCGGAGUCAUGAUGUUUCAGAAAGAAUCAAAAGUUGAAAAGGAGAAAUUCAAACUGCUUCAAUCGAACACCUUCGAGAAAUUUUAG